AUGGCAUAUGAAAAAACUAGUAGAGAUCCAAACCAGUGGGCGAAGUGGUUGGAGGAAAUCGAACAGGAGGAAGUUGCUAAUGAAUGGUCAGAAUCUAGCUCAGAAGACGAAGAAAUAGAUGAGGUGGAACAAGAAAUUCAUGAGUCUGACACAGAACAAGAAACGGAUGAUAUUCCAGAAGAGCAUAACAUCGAACAAGAAUCUGAAAGAAGCGAAAUACAGAAUGAACGACUGCAUGAGGCAACACGUUCUGGACCUUAUUACAUAGGUAAAGACGGUAAAAGACUCUUCUCCUAUUCCCACAUGGAUUUCGAAGUUGAUCGUGACCCUACGCCAACGGGAGACCCGUCCCUAGCGGAUAUGACACGUUCGGCACUCUCGAUCUUGCUUAAAAACCCAAAAGGGUUCUUCUUAUUUGUAGAAGGUGGACGGAUUGAUCACGCACAUCACUAUAACAACGCCUAUAGGGCUUUGGACGAAACUUUAGCUAUGGAAACUGCGCUUUUAGCGGCUUUAUCUAUGGUUAAUCCAACCGAAACUCUCAUCGUCGUAACUUCCGACCAUUCGCAUGUUUUAACAAUGGGAGGUCAAGCAACACCGAGAGGACAUCCUAUUCUUGGUCCGGACAGCAAAGUAUCUGACAUCGACGGACAACCUUAUAGCACGAUUUUGUACGGAAAUGGUCCAGGAUAUAGUACUCCGAGAACAGUCCCGAUUAAUACGACCACCCAAAAUGAAGACCGCAAUCAAGUUCAUGGGGCGGCAGUGCCACGACAAUGGGCAACACAUGGAGGAGAGGACGUUCCGGUAUACGCUCUUGGACCUUUAGCUACCAUACUUUUUACUGGAACUUUCGAUCAAAGUUACAUUCCACACGCAAUUGCAUAUAGCGCCUGUUUAGGAGAACACGCACAGCGUUGUCAGGGAGUAGACAACUACACGGCUUGUAUCGUGCCGGAAGUAUCCAGCGUUUCCGCUGCCGGUGCUCCGGUGGUAAUUGCAAGUAGUGUAAUGGCAGAUGACGGGGCCCGUGCCAAAUCUAUUGCAAGUAAAGAGUCUUAUAACGUGACGUGCAUACUCAUUAUUACACUAAUAUUCGCUGUUACUUAAUGAAGUUUGUGUCGUGCAAUAUACUAUUCUGGUGGCGGAUGGCAGGGUAUUAAAUAAAUAAAACUUAUCAUCAAUGACUUCGUGCGCGAUUCAAAGUGAUAUUACGUAUAAGUUUAAGAACUGUUCAGAAUACCGCAUUAUAGUGGAAUUAAUAGUAUGUGUGAACUCAAAACGUUUUUAGUGAUGUGACCAAACCGUUAAAUUGUGUAUUGUACAUAAAUAUUGUGUAAAUAUUAGUACUAAUUAAUUUUAUUGAUGUUUUAAUCCAACUGAUACGUUGAAAUUGUCACGCGAAGAACUAUUUUGUUUUGUAUUUGAUUUUGUAGCCACACGUACUUACAUUUCUGUAAGCAUUGUUGAAAUAUAUGUUACUUUCUCUGUUUA